CUGUCUGUCGUUUCAUUUACAACUAGCAUCCAUACUACAUACGCACAACCCAACACACAGACAGACAAUCGGCCGCUCAGCAACUCGCCUCUCUUUCCGCUGCUUACCCUGUUCACGCCAGCCCACCAAGCACAAACCACCAUCCCCAACAACCUUCCACCAUGUCGUCAGUCGUUUCCACCGCCACCACCAGCGCACCCAGCGCCGGCUCUACCUGCGGCUCCGCCGUCUUCUCCGAGUUCCCGACCAAAGAUGCAGCGUGUGCCGUCGGCGGCACCAGCGGCGUCCCCUCCAACACGACCGACGUGCUAUCCAAAUGCUGCAAGAAGGCGCCUGUCGAGCAAUGGAAUGGCUCGUGCGGAUACUUCUGCCUCAGCUUUGAGCAGUCGGUCCGCGAGCUGCAGACGUGCUUCAUGGACGGCGGCGUAGAUCCCCGCUUGAUCUUCUGCAAUUCAAACAACUCGGCUACCGCCACCGGCACGCCCACUGGAAGCGGAGUCGCGGGCGCGAGCCGCACAUCGGGCAGCGGGCCUGGUGCGACGGGAUCGGGGGCUUCAGACAAGGACCACAAGGGCGCAGCGCCCGCUGUGGGCGUCAGCAAGGCUGGUCUCGGUAUGCUGGGUAUGGUUGUUGUUUCUGCGCUUGCCGGUGCCCUGUUGUAAGGGGGGGGGGAAGACACAUGGAGGCAUACGAGUAUUUACGGUUUAAUGUCGGCUUUUUUUUGCAAUGAGGUCUCGUGCACAGUAUAAUACCAUUUGUUUAAUUAGACGAUCUACAACGCAGUUAUUUGCUAGCACUCUUGAUUAUCUUCGAACAUCAUUACGAAAUGCGAAAAGUU